UGAAUGAUCUAAUUUGAGAGUUGUCAACAAACUUGGAAGGAAACACCGAACAGUCUUCACGUUUCACAUUAGACCACUUACAAACCAUGCAGAUACCUUUCGAGGACCGGCCACACUUUGAAGUGCUAAUUUUGUCUUAUUUGAGAGACUGUAGAUAAUUACAUAAUUAAGGGUCUAGAUUCUAGGUCUGGAGUUAGACUCUAUAUUUUGCCGAAGAGAAAAGUUUGUUUUUUCACCAUCACUACUGAAGUCUGAAGUGAUCAGUUGAUCAGUAGGAGGAGGCUAUCCUUGUCUCUGUUCCUGUGCCAACAAUAGAUCUGCUCAACAAGUAGAUCUAGAAUCUAGAGAUCUAGAAAAAUCUAGAUAUAGAUUUUAGAUGCCAGAUCUAGAAUCUAAUAUCUAGAUCUAGAACAAGUUUCAGAAGCGAAAUGUCACUGUCUUCUAUUUCUGGUGGUGCAAGGCGGAGGAAUAACCAAGUCACUGAGGAUACAUAUAUAAGAGAUGUUCCUCCUUUGCUUCAUCGACAACUUGCUGUUAAGCUGGACAUUGACAACAUGUGGGAACUAUUGGCAGAGCAAAUCCCUCGCAGACCUGAUUCUAUUUUUGAAUUUCUGCCGGAUGAUGCUGGAUUUGAGCCAAGGUAUACUUCAGCUCACUUAGCCAUAUUCAGAAACAAGAACAAUCAGAGGGGAGAUAGUGCAACAAGAAGUCUUCUCACAGAGUGGGGUACACUCAACAGUAAAGUGAAACAUUUGAUUCUGGCUUUAAAGAGGGCAAGGUUGUUGGAAGCAGCACAGUUUGUAGAGAAACAUCUACCGCCACAAAAUCCGGGACAACAGCCCGUGCAAAUAGGAGCCGUAUCCAGUUCUGAAUGUCUUAGCAGACAGCCAGCACAUUCCGUCCCCAAUUCAAGUCAGGGCCAUAUUUGUCAUGAGUCCCCACGCACCAUUCCUGCACCAAAUACUGUGAGGGAGGACCAGGUACUCAGCGGAGAAGGAGUGUCGGCCAGUGAGGCUGGGACGAAGAGUGAACAGAUUUCCUACAGAAGAUUUCCCGUCCCCAGUGAGCAUGACAAGGCUGUGAGUGUGGGAGAGGCCCCACCUAGUGAGGAAGUGGAGGAGGACUCAACAGCAUUUGAGGAGUUCCACAUCAUACCUGAUGUUCUGCAGAAGAUUGACUAUAGAAUUCUGAAGAAAAUUACAAAUAACUUUGAUCGCCGACACUACAAGGAAGGUGGACGUCUGAUUGGUGAGGGAGGUUUUGGAGAUGUCUUUCUGGGUACCUUUCACAGCGACUACACAGUAGCGGUCAAGCGGAUGAAACUUAGCACAGAGGAUAGCAUUGAACUGUUUAAAACAGAAGUGGAGACUUUGAGCAACUUUCGACAUGAGAACAUAGUUCUCUUGAUGGGCUACAGUAUUGAGGGCGACUCACGCUGCCUGGUGUACCAGUAUAUGCCCAAUGGUUCCCUGGAGGAACGCCUGGCCUGUCGAUUUGGCACCCCUCCUCUGUCUGCUGCCAUGCGACUAGAAAUUAUGCGAGGCACAGCACGUGGUAUAGUAUUUCUCGAUGAAGGUGGACUUGUACACAGAGAUAUCAAAAGUGCGAACAUACUGCUGGACACACAGUUCACCCCUAAGGUUGGAGAUUUUGCUACUGCGAAAGUGUCGCCCUCUCAAAUGACCAAGACUUUUAUGCUGGAGGCGUCCAAGGUGAUAGGCUCUGCGCCAUACCUGGCUCCUGAGGCUUACUCCUUCAAGAUCACACCCAAGCUGGACUCAUACAGUUUUGGUGUGGUAUUGUUGGAGAUAUUGACAG